GACUAAAGCAGCGCAGCAUCAGUGAAGGCGGUAUCUGGACUCUCUCCCUCUCGUCUUCUUCGUUCCUCUUCAUCUCUACACCCGUUCUCUAUCAUCUACUGAACAAGAUAGAACGGCGGCUUUUUCCCUCUGCUCCGGCCAUGCGAUCCUUCUGCGGGCUUUCUCUGCUUCGAUGGCCAUCCAGCUUCACCGCCGCCCCGCUUCCUCUUCACCUAUUCCUCCCAGUCCCUUCGUUCCUCUUCAUCCCAACCUAAAUCCAUCCUCGAGGUUUUUGUUUUUCGUUCAACUAUGAAGAGCACCAGUCCUCCAUCUUCGCCGAAAUCCAUCGCGGCCGUCUUAUCCGUGGACCUGCUGGUCCAGAUCCUGAACCACAUCGCCGGGUCUGGCGACCGGAAAUCGUUUCGCCUCGUUUGCCGUGCCUUUCUCCUUGCUGAGUCGUCUCACCGCCGCUCUCUCCGUCCGCUCCGCAUUGAAUCUCUACCCGCGCUUCUCGGCCGCCGCUAUCCAUCUAUUGAGUCCCUGGACCUGUCCGUUUGCCCUUCCCUCGACGACGUUUCACUCGCUGCUGCGAUCGCUGACAGAAGCUACUGGCAGAAACUACGCCGGGUGGUGCUCGCUAGGGCUAGUGGGGUUGGCUGGAAAGGAAUCGAGGCUCUGGUUGCGGCGUGCCCUUCAAUUCAGGCCAUCGACCUUUCGCAUUGCUGCAGGGUUAGUGAUCGAGAGGCGGCGGCGCUUGCUAAGGCGAGGGAGCUUAGGGAGCUGAGGAUAGAUAAGUGCCUUGGCGUGACGGAUGUCGGACUUGCCAUGGUUGCUGUCGGGUGCGGGAAGCUCGAGAGAUUGGGGAUUAAGUGGUGCAUGGAGAUAUCUGAUAUCGGUAUCGAUUUGCUCGUCAAGAAGUGCCGUAAUUUGAGGGUGCUCGACCUGUCUUAUCUCAAGGUGACUAAAAACUCUCUUCGCUCGAUUUCCUCUCUUGAGAAAUUUGAAGCUCUGACUCUUGUUGGAUGCCGGUUCAUCGAUGAUGAAGGCUUGGCUUUUCUCAACAAUGGUAGAAAUUCAUUGCAGCGUAUUGACAUUUCACGGUGCGAUAAUGUGACAUGGUUGGGCAUAGCUUCUGUAAUUGAAGGGCACAGAAAUCUCCAGAUGAUUAAUAUGGGCGACUGUCGCACUGAAGUUGCCCCACCCUUUCUCUCGCAACUUAGUCUCAUUAAUACAACCUUGAACGUGCUGAAGCUUGAUGGACUAGACGUCUCAGAUGCUAACCUUCAGAAAAUUGGAUCUAACUGCAAGAACUUGUUAGAGAUUGGGCUCAGCAAAUGCCGCGGUGUGACUGAUGAAGGCAUCAGUGAGCUUGCAUCAAAUUGUAUCGGCCUAAGAACCAUUGACCUGACUUGCUGUCAUCUUCUCACUGACAACGCUCUUGUUGCAAUUGCAAAUCACUGUAACGACCUUACUUGUCUUAGAUUGGAAGCUUGCUCACUGAUAACAGAAAAUGGAUUUGUCCAAAUUGCUACUGGUUGCUCUCAAUUGCAAGUGAUAGAUCUUACUGAUUGCAACAUUAAUGACACAGCACUGCAGCACUUGACUAAAUGUUCAGAGCUCAAGGUUUUAAAAUUAGGUUUUUGUGCAAAGGUCACCAGCAAAGGCCUGGCUUGCAUCGGAUCUAACUGCAAGAAUUUAGAAGAACUUGAUCUUUAUCGAUGUGUGGAAAUUGAUGAUUCUGGAUUGUCUUUCUUAGCUGAUGGUUGUAAGAAGUUAAAGAAGCUAAACCUUUGCUAUUGCAUCCAAAUCACCAAUCAAGGACUUGAGCAUCUUAGCCACUUUGAAGGUCUAUCAGAUCUCGAGCUGAGGGGGCUUGUUAAUGUUACUGCUGCAGGGAUUACUUCUAUAGCCUUUGGUUGCAAAAGCUUAGUUGAACUGGACUUGAAGGGCUGCUCCUCAGUCGAUGAUGCUGCCUUGUUUGCUCUUUCUCGAUAUUCCCAAAAUCUUCGGCAGCUUAAUAUAUCCAACUGCCCUGUCUCUAGCCUGGGCCUUUGCAAGUUGCUUGGCAGCUUAAGGUGUUUACAAGAUGUGAAGUUGGUGCAGCUCAGCGGAGUCAGCGUUGAGGGCUUCGAGUUUGCGUUGAGAGCUUCGCGGUGCAAACUGAAGAAGUUGAAAUUAGUUAGUGCUUUGAGAAAGCUGCUGUCUCCCGGACUGCUACAGAUGCUUCAAGCUAGAGGUUGCAGGAUUCGCUGGGUGGACAAGCCCUUGCUCUUCAACUCCUUCCCAAUUGCAUGAAAUGUGAGUUCUUGCUGCUUAUUUUAACACUUUAUGCUUUGUUUCAAGUGUUCUUAGGUGCGCUAUCGCUGAAUUCUUAUUUAUGUAUUACGUAUAUAACAUCUAAAGUUGUGAUUUUGUUGAUGGAAAGUCCACAUUACUAAUGGAACAAA